GGCCCUUCGCCCUCGCUCUAAAUAGAGGCUUUAUUUUGUAAACAGGGAGUAGUGCUACCGUGGCGCGCGUUUCGCGGUGGCAGUGUCGCGGCACAAGCACGGUACCACCACGGGCAGUGCCGCUGUGACCGUCGGCAGUAUGGGGUGUGCGUGCCGCGGUGUGCCGCGCUGUGUCAGCCUUCCGUGAUGACUGCGAGCGGCCGUCGCUCUUCCUGGCUCACAUGGACCCUCUGUGCACUGAUUGCGGCCUGUGAGACUGCAGCUCCGCCCGACAGUUUAAGACUCGUGUGGUUAUCUAACACUACCCUCACAUGCAACGAUGGUUCGCCAGCUGGAUAUUACAUGCGUCGCGGUAGCAACAAUCACCAUUGGGUGGUCUAUUUGGAAGGUGGUGGGUACUGCUGGGACAAGGCUUCGUGCGACGUGCGCUGGCGUCGCCGACCCAGUCUUAUGUCUUCCACGCGUUGGCCUCGGGCUCGCAGGGCACCAGCUCUGCUCUCCGCUGACCCACAGGCCAACCCCAUUUGGCACACAUCUAAUCACGUCUUGCUGCCAUACUGUUCCAGUGAUAUGUGGGCGGGUACACGCACGUAUCGACACUCCAGUUCCAACAGCAGCUUUGCCUUCGCAGGACGUUUUAUUGUUCGGUCCGUCCUCGACGAACUCCUGAAAAUAGGACUCGCCGGCCGUCUACUGCUGGUCGGUUCAAGUGCUGGUGGAACUGGUGUUAUGCUCCACGUGGAUUCCGCAAGGCGAAGUCUUCGUCCGCACGGUGUUCGGGUAGCUGCUAUUGCUGAUUCUGGUUGGUUUCUUGAUCGACCACCAAAAGCGAGACGCGCAUCUUCUGCCGAUGCCAUCGCACGGCUGGGGCAUUCUCUGUGGUCGGGAUCUCCACCAAAUUCGUGCGUCCGAGAAUACCGCGAAAAACCUUGGCUAUGUUAUUUCGGAUACCGCUUAUACCCACACAUUCGAACACCUCUAUUUGUUUUUCAAUACCUGUUUGAUUCUGCGCAAUUGACAGCAGAAGGAGUACGAGCCCCGCGAACUAGAGCACAGUGGGAUGCAGUUCAUGAGACUGGUUCUGCAAUUCGUGCGAGUCUGAAACGCGUGCGUUUUACCUUUGCGCCGGCUUGUAUUGCACACGGUGCACUUGCUCGGCCAGAAUGGUUGGCAAUCAACGUGUCGGGUGUAUCAUUACCCAGAGCUAUCUCGUGUUGGGAACGGCGGUUUAGCAAUGGAAGCAGACGAGUGCGCGCUAGAUGUGCGCCACGGAGGUUGAUAGAGCGAUGCUCGUGGCCUCAGUGUAACGGAUCGUGCCCUCGAUUACGAGACCCUCGUACUGGUGAGGAAGUGGCACUUGCUGCGCUUUUACAGAGCUUUGGACUGGAUGUUCGUGGUGCUGCGGCUGCGAUGGGACUUGAUGCUCGGGCUUUGUCCCGCAUGAGUCGUGCAGAGUUGCUGCCUCUGUUGGCACCGCACACGUGAUAAAAAUGACUGUUUUGUGCUUUAACUGCACGGCUAAUCUACCUCGUUUGUUUCAAGUACAACUAUUUUUACUGUUUAGAUAUUUAUUCUCAUAGAUAACAAGUAAUAUAAGACAAUAUUUUAAGAAAUUU